AUGCUUCCCAUUUCCUUUGCCAACCUCUCUACAUCACUUCAAUAUAUUGAUCUAAGCGAAUCCAAUGUGAUGGGUAACAUUCCUUAUGAUAUUGGCAACUUGAGUAGCUUGAUAGCCUUAUUCUUAGGUACCAAUCAAUUAGGUGGGCCAAUUCCAACUUCAAUGGGAAGCCUACAGAAUCUCCAAGCUUUGAAUUUGAAGGAGAACAGAUUGCAAGGACAUAUCCCAAAUGAACUUUGUCAACUUCAGAAUCUAGCCUUUUUACUGAUUGGGGUAAAUCAGCUCUCUGGUUCAAUACCUUCUUGCUUGGGCAAUCUAGCUACAUCACUGAGAAGUCUAUAUCUGGGGUCCAAUUUUUUAAUUUCCACAAUACCAUCUACCUUGUGGGGACUUGCAUAUCUCUUGCACAUAGACUUGUCAUCCAAUUCUCUAACUGGACCUCUCCCAGAAGAUGUUGGUACUCUGAAAGUUGUGAUAGAUAUAGAUUUAUCACACAACCGUUUAUCUGGUGGGCUACCGAGCAGCAUUGGGGUUCUAAAGGAUUUGGUCACUCUCGCCUUGGAAAAUAAUAAUUUAGAAGGCUCUAUUCCUAGUUCAUUUGGGAACUUGCUAAGCUUAGAACUCUUGGACUUGUCUAAAAACAAUCCAUCUGGAGUGAUUCCAAAGUCUCUAGAACGACUCUUGCAUCUCAACUAUCUAAAUUUGUCUUACAACAGACUGGAGGGAGAAAUUCCAGCAGGCGGACCUUUCAAAAACUUCUCUUCUGAAUCAUUUGUCUCAAAUGGUGUGCUCUGUGGUGAAUCCCGACUGCAUGUUCCAUCAUGCAAAAACAGUUCAGUGAAACCACCUUCAACUAAAGCUAGUAGAUCCAUCUUGAAGUUUAUUAUUCCGGGGAUACUGUCAGUAAUACUCCUAGUGGCCUCCCUAUUGGUGUUGAUAACGCGCAGGAAGAAGAAUGUGAAUGUUGCAAUGGAGACUACCUUGUUAUCUCAACCCCUAUGGAGAAAAAUUUCGUACUUGCAACUUCGAAGUGCAACAGAUGGGUUUAAUGUAGGCAACUUACUUGGCACCGGGGGUUUUGGCUCUGUGUAUAAAGGAACACUAGAUGGGAUAGAUGUGGCGAUAUAG